AAAAUCACAACAAGUUUCUGAUUUAAUUCGUGCACAGUGAAAGGGAAUUUUUCACAGAUUCAACAAGUGAUUAGAACGAAAUCUAUUAAUCAUCAAAUAUGGUGCUUGAUUUUAAUAAGAAAACCUAUUUCCUUAUCACUGGGGCAUCCCGUGGCAUUGGCAAGACCAUGGCCAUAGAAGUGUCAAAGAUAUUGAAAGCCGAUUCCGUGAUUGUCCUAAUUGCUCGCAGUGAAGAUGGUUUGAAAAAAACUAAAGCAUCCAUUGAAUCACAACGUACAGAUGUUAAGGUUUUAACAUAUUCCGUUGAUCUGUCCAAGGCUAAGGCCGAGCAAUUUCAAAAGCUAUUAACCGAUUCUUUGCUCAAGUCGAAGGAGAAAAUUAAUAAUUUUGAAAGAGCAUUCAUUAUACACAAUGCCGGUACAGUGGGUGAUGUUUCCAAGAAGGCUAUCGAUGAGUCGGAUACAAAUGUUUGGACUCAAUACUAUCACACCAAUGUUUUCUCAGUUAUUUCGCUUAAUGUUGAGUUCUUUAAGAUGUUCGCUUUUGUGCCCAAAUUAGUGGUUAACAUUAGUUCGAAAUGUGGCAUUGAACCUUUUGCCUCUAUGAGUUUCUAUUGUUCUGGCAAAGCUGCUCGUGAUAUGUAUUUUGGUGUGCUUGCUGCCGAGGAAAAGGAUACCGAGACUGUGGUGCUGAAUUAUGCUCCCGGUGCUAUUGAUACCGAUAUGACAGUUUAUGUACAAGAUGCCACUAUAAGCAAAGAACUGCAUGAUGUCUUCAAAAGUCAACGUGAUACAAAGACCAUGUUGACCACCGAGAAGACCACAGCAAAGUUUUUGAGUAUUUUGAAGGAACAAAAGUUCAAAUCUGGUGCUCAUGUGGAUUAUUGGGAUUAAAGUGUGAUUUUAGAUUAUGUUCAGAUAUAAUGUGUGCUCAAAUAAUUAUAUUUAAAACGUGCUAUCAUUCCUUAAACACAAAUUUAUACGCUUUUAUAUAAUUGCGGUGCUAAAGUUAUUGUUUAAUCUCAUGCAACUGUUACAAUUUGUAUAUAUUCAUAAUUUUAAUAAAGUUUGGUGCUGGCUAAUCAAAGAAACAUAACAUAAAA